AUGAUAACUCAAGUUAUAACAGACGAUGAAGAUGGAACUAAUAACGGUGUACUUGAUUUAAGUAUUAGAAAAAGAUUACCUGUAUUACUUUCUCCACCAUCUUCAACGGUAUCGUCAUCCUCUUCAUCAUCAUCAUCAUCAAUUACCUCACCUAAACGUAUUUUACCUACUGGUAAACGUAUGUUAGAUUCAACUAUUUCAAUUCCAUCAUCAACACCUAAAACUCAACCAACAAAUAAACGUCCAUUACGUUUUCAAUGUAAACAUUGUGAUUAUAAAGCACCAUCAACAUCACUUAUGCAAAAUCAUAUAUAUCGUCAUACAGAUUUAACACCAUAUGCAUGUGCAUAUUGUGGUCAUAAAUCGACAACAAAAUCAACAAUUAUGGUUCAUAUUGAACUUUGUCAUCCAAAUAUGGAAGUUAAAAUACAUGAAAAUCGUGUACGUGAACAAGAUUUUUAUCGAGAUUUAAAUAGUUCAGAAAUAACAGCAAUACAAGAACCACAAAUUAAAAAACAACGUCAAUCAAAUCAAUAUGAUAAUGAAUCCGAACCAAUAAAUGGUGUAGCUAUUUCAUUAAAAACAAUAAUAGAUGAUGGAAAUGAAUAUUCACCAGAAGCAAAUGAUGAAAUUUAUGAAACCGAUCAUUUUCAAUCUAUUCUAUUACCAACAUCAGAUAUUCUAGAUAAUAAUAAUGAACAAACAACACCAACUAAUCAUAUUGAAUUAUCAUCAUCAUCAUCAUUUAACUUUAAAUUUUCACCACCAUCAACUCCGAUUAUUGAUACAGCAUUAUCAUCAUUAGCAAAUGAUAGAAAAGAAUCAGAUUCUGAAGAUGAUGGUGGUGAAUAUCUUCUUGUUUACAAUCGUCCUAAACAGUACUAUGGUUCAUUAUAUGAACCUGAUAAACAAUAUGCAUGUAAAUUAUGUUCAUAUACAACAAAUCAUCGACCAAGUAUGGAAGAUCACGUAUAUGUACAUACCAAUGAAAAGCCGUAUAAAUGUGGUUAUUGUGGUGAAGAAAUUCAUACACGUUAUGCUGCAACUUAUCAUAUAAAAUAUAAACAUGCUGGUCAACCACGUAAUUUUAUUCAAAAUAAAGCUGAUAUUACACAAUAUUAUAUUAAUCGUGCUAAAAGAGAUGAAGAAAAAAAUCAAUUUAAAGCAGUCGAUACUCGUCGUGUUAGAGUUCCAACACGUAAUGGAAAACACGGAAAUAAUAAUCAACAAAGUAAAGUUGAUAGUCCAAUUGAAUAUCCUAUGCAACUUAAAUCUUCAUCUCCUUCACCUGCUCCACCUACACCUACAUUGCCUGUUCAACCAUUAAAAUCUCAAUCACCUACUCCUUCAUCAAACAAUCCAUCAGUACCUGCACCUCCUGAUCUUCGAUUUUUAUUAAAUUGGUCUUAUUAUUUAGCAACACAAGCUGCAUGGCUUUCACCUAUGCUCCAACAACAACAACAACAAGGUCAAUCACCGUUUAGUUUACCAGCUGAUCCUGAAUCAGCUGCAAAAUUUCUUCAAGCCAUACAAUCAGCUAUGAAUCCUUUGACAUCAACACAAACUUCGAACAAUAAUAACAAUGAACAAAUUGAUUUCGAAACAAAGAAAACACAAUGUGUUGCUGCAAAUAAAGAUAGAAAGAAAUUAUAG